ACCGGCCGUUGCCCACUUCAAUGAAUUUAAGAUUUAAUUUGUUAUAUAAGGCGGGCGAGGGUGAAAAAGGAGUUUUUUUUAGUGUUUUUCACAUGAAACUUUGCGCACACGACGUAUAAAUACAGCAAAAGGACCCCUGAUUUUUUCAUCAACGCUUGUGGAGCCGGGGAAUGUUUUUUGGACAAUGGCGCUGCAAAAUAUCAUUCAACAUUUGCGCGCGCGCUUUGGGAAAUACGAACGACUUUACGAUGAGGAGCACAUUGAGUCAGAAUCACCAUCUUACAAACGAUGCGUCCCCAAGCGAUUUGGAUUUCCGAGAUUCAGGAAGCUCACAGUCUAUCUCAUCUUCAUCAACCUCAUCAUUCUCGGCUUCUUAAUUCAUUCCAUCCGCCCGCUCAUCACCCUUCUCAUACGGAAUAACGAACUUUUCGCAAUUAAUUUCUCUAUCGACCACGCAGCACCGCCAGAUGCUUUUCAAAGACCAGGUGGGAAGAAGAUACCGAGGAUUUUACACCAGACUGCACCGAAUAGCUCGAUUCCGGAAAUUUGGGCAGCGUCGCAGCGGAGUUGCCAAGAAGCGUAUUCUGAGUAUGAAUAUAAGCUUUGGACUGAUGAAGGCGCGAGGGAGUUUCUGAAGGAGGAGUUUCCGUGGUAUCUCGACACUUGGGAUAACUAUCCUUUUCCUAUUCAGCGCGCAGAUGCGAUUCGGUAUUUUGUGCUGUAUCACUUUGGUGGGAUUUACAUGGAUAUGGACACUUAUUGCAACUCGUCGUUUCCCGUGGAUCAGAUCGAAUCACUACCUGGAAAAGAGCAUGCGCUUUUCAAAUCGACAUUACCGACUGGUAUCACGAAUGAUUUUCUUAUCUCGACAGCAAGACACCCAGCUUUCGCAUCAGCUGUAUCAAGACUGGCGAGCUUUCACCAAACGACUCGACUCUGGGCCCGUCUUCAACCCUACGCAGCUAUCAUGCUGUCAACAGGUCCUCUCUUUUUAACACUGGCGGUGCAGCAAUAUCUACUUGGCCAGCCUAUUCUCCCAUCACCAAGCAUACACAUCAUGGACCCCUCGAUGCUAGACGCAUACAUGGCAGAUCUCGAAACAGCAACAUGGCAUCAGAGCGACGCGCAGGUGCUCAAGUGGCUCGGCGACAGACCAUGGACAUGGUUCAGUCUAGGAGUCAUUGGAGUCAUCGCGGGCAUAUACACAUUUAACUGCGUGCUCUCACGAACUUUCACGACACUUUACCGUAAAUUAUUAUAAUAACAUGAGCGAUUUGCUUUUUUCUCAAAGACAAUAAAAUCAAAAAUUUCAAUCGACCUGGCUAGAACGGGCACAUAAUUUCAUCCCCACUGCUCAUUUGGUCGACAAGCUCACUGGUAAUUUACUUCGGAUAAGCGGCACGAAUUACGUGGUCACGGCUUCGCUCCUGUAAUUUUCGGCUAGUUCCAGAGACAGAAAUAACCGAAAACUCAAACGCGCCCGAGAGAAAAUACGGGAUGACCAAUCAAAUCGUGAGGCGCAGACGAGGAAGCUGAUGAAUGGAUUCGGUCUAGAUCACGUCGUCAGUUGACAGCCACGUACGUGGCUUAGCUGCACGACGACAGCCCCCUUUACAUUGCAUAUGUUCUUUGUAGGAGCAUGACCGUCAGAUGCAUGACCAUGGGGCUUCUGUAGAGUUUCAAUCAAUGUGUUAGAAUAUUGCGGCUUUUCAUGCGCGGGCCCCGCGGGGUUGUAUUGCAUAAAAUUGGAAGUCUAAAUUGAGUUCGGGGCCUUACCAGCGACUUGGGUCAACUAACCUUGUUGCCUGACGGUAUCACGUUUGUGGCGCAAGACUUGGGUCGCGGAUCUCCGCGAGUACUUCCGUAGUGUGAAAGAGAUGACGGCCUGUUUACUCUAGUAAUGAGGUGUAAAGUAUCAGGUUUGCGGAGAAAAGGACCUUUUCGCACUCGCUAUUCCCGGCUUGCUCAGCCCCAUUGAGGGUUCUGGAUGUUUUCUUACCAGAACACUGGUACCUGGUUCGGAAGAGUUGUCAAAGUGACAUGCCAAGAUAUUCGACAGUUGGCUUAUUCAGAUGAGUAGGCAUGGAAAGCGGCGAGACUGGUUUUUGAGUGUAUUCAUUUCUCAGCCCUGAGCUGUUUCAACAGAUAUUCAUCAGGGGAAGUCAAUCGAUAACCACGGGAUGUUGUGACAUCGUAGGCCGCCACAUAAUAUGCACCAACUCCUCGGUAUUUUUCACUUUUUGUAUUUGGCAGCAAUUCUGGUCGUGAUGUGCUGUAUGUGUUGGUUCAUCAUAUCGUUACAUCAUCCCUCACUGCUUCGUGGCUUUACCCAGGUCUGCCUCCGUCCUCUCUACCAAAACAUCAAAGAUCCUCUGUACAUGCUCCUCUCGAACCCUCUCAACACCUGUACACACACGAAUCGCAAACUUGUCAUUGACAACCGUGCUAGUAAGAUAGAACUCCCCAGUUCUGUUAACCCAUUCAUAAAGCUCUUCCGUUCGGGCGUUGAUCUCCGCUUCAUCAGCCCCCUUGACUCGGAAAGUGACCAGGCCAAACCGCGCAGAGGUGAAGAUGGUGAAUAGAUCAGGUCGACUUGCCAGCUUGCUCUGAAAAGAUUCGCCAAGCGUAACUCCAUUUCGAAUGUGCGCUUGUAAACCUCGGAUGCCAAAGCUGCGAAGAACGAACCAUAGCUUCAGAGAGCGGAAGCGGCGUCCAAGAGGGAUUUGCCAAUCGCGAUAAUCAGUGACCAGUUCAUUAUCGGAAAACUGGUUACGCAAGUACGGCGGCUUGAUGCUGAGAGAUUGGAUAAGCCAGGCUCGGGAUCGGACCCAAACAGCAGAGCAAUCAAACGUAGUGAGCAUCCACUUAUGCGGGUUGAAGUUGAAAGAGUGAAAGUCAGCCAUCGGUGUAGUCAACGGCUGAUUCUCCUCGAGAAGAAGUGCAGAUCCUGCAUACGCAGCAUCGACGUGGACCCAGAUAUCCCUCUCUGUUCCAGCGGUAGGAGACAGCGCCUCAACGAUACCGGCAAAGUCAUCCACUGCACAGACAUCAGUCGUGCCCAUCGUAGCAGUUAGGUAAAAAGGCUCCAGCCCACGAGCCCGCAACUCAUCUACCGUCUUGGCGACAGCACGGCCAGUCAUGGAGAAUCCGUCCUCUUCAGUGACAGGAAUAGCGAUGAAGCGGACACCGAGGAUCUGAGCUGCUUUCUUGGUACUCGAGUGAGAUCCAGAACUUCCCAACGCGACGAGUUUGCUGCGUACGUUCCAGACGGCAUCUUCAUCCAUGUCCUUCGUGACAGCAGCGAGAUACUUAUCGCGAGCAGCGCACAUGACAGUGAGGAUAGCCUCGCUAGCACUACCGUGAAUAACACCACCGCCAUGGGUACUUCCGCCGCUCAGAUAGCAUUCCGGGAGACCGAGAGCUUUGGCGAGCCAAUCCAUGACGAUUGUUUCCAGCUCUGUGACCGCUGGGCUGCAGAUCCAGUUGAAAUGGGCGCCGUUGAAGGUAUUAGAGUACAUUUCAGCCAGGGCAGCAGGAUAGCUGCUAGAACAAGGAAAAAAGGCCAUGAAUCGGGGGUUGGCCCAGUGGGUUAUUCCGGGGAGGAUUUUGGACUCGAUGUCUGCGUGGAUAUCGCUCCAGGACUCGCCCUCGAGGGGUGCUGAUGAUGGGAGGAGAGGGCGGAGAUAGCCUGGCUUGACGUCGGAUACGACGCGCUGAGAGGAGACAUUGUCGUAAUAGUCAGUGACUGGUAUUGGUUAACAUCAGGUCAUUGAUUCAGUUUUGAAGACCUACUCUCGUCAAUGGCUGUACGAGCUGCCUCACGAAACUCUGCGGAGUCCAUUGUGUCUAUAUGAGUCUCUGACCAAAUUGUUAUCUUGAAAUUAAAUGUCAAGCAGCCGUUAUGUCUGUUGGGUGUUGUGUUUAUAUAUCAUCUAACAGAGCCUUCAGAAAUCGCGC